AUGGGGCCCGGGCCGGCUCUCCUGCUCCUGGGCCUGGGCCUGGGCCUGGGCUGUGGGCCCGGCCGCCGGCCUCUGCCCGCGGCUCCCGCGCAGGCGCCCGGCUCGCCGUCCCGAGACCUCCCCGUCCCGACGCCCGCCGCGGCCCGGCGUGCCCCGUCCGAGACCCGGGCCUUUGUCCAGGCGCGGGGGCCGCAGGCCGCGCUCCGCUCGGUCAGGGCCUCCCGGGCCCCCGGGGAGCGGGGCGCAGGCUUUGGCGGCCUUGGGGCCGGCCGCGCCCGCGUCAGCCUCCGGGCCCGCGCGGCCCCGGGCGGCGGCAUCUUCCUGAGCGGCCGCCGCGGCCUCUGCCUGCCGGCCGGGCGGCCCCCGAGCCUCGCGCCGCGCUGCCUCCGCGCGCACGUCCAGCUGCGCGCCCGCCGCGCCACCGCCGCCGCCGCCGCGCCCGCGCCGGUGGACCUGCAGCUGUCCGCGCCCGGCGGCCGGCUCUCCCUGCGCUGGCUGUCCCGCCUGCCGCGCUCGCUCGGGCCUCUGGAGUGGACCUUCCGCCUCCGGCUGCUCGGGCCCGCGGCCGCUGAGAGCCGCGCGUUGCCCCGUCGGGCUCUGCACCGCGGCCGGCGCUCCUACCCGGGAUUCGUGGCCCGAACCGAGUGUCCCACGGACGGGCCCACCCCGGUCGUCUUGGAAGCUGUCAGCCCGAACAGCUCAGAACCCACAGAGUCCUCCGUGUCCUGUCAGGUAUUCCGACCGGGGCCUUGUAGAUUGGACCCCGUGAGGAUAAAUAGGAACGACGAUAAACCAGUGCGACUGACCAGGGACAUGGGAGACACCUUCAAUGCGACAGUCGUCCUCUUCUGUCCCAUCCAGGAGUACUAUUAUCGGGGUUGGUCUGUCUAUGCCGUUCCUUAUGUAGGGGCCGUGCCUGACUGGACUAAACCUCUGGAAAAGCCACCGGUCAAUUUUAGUAGUGGGUUCUUCAUGGUGACUAUACCCCCGUAUUCUUUACCUUGGGGGGUGUAUCUGUUUAAUUUCUCGGUGGUUGUCAGAACGCGGGAUCCCCAGGUUCCAGGGAAGAACGACUCAGACAGCAUCUAUGUCGUCAUUUUUAGACGUCCCCUGAAUGCUGUUAUUUCAGGGCCUUCCAACAUCACAAUUAAUUUCACAGAUGGGGUGACUCUCAAUGGAAAUAUGUCUUCUGAUCCAGAGGAAACAGACCCUCUAGAGAAAGAGAGACUUAAGUUUCUCUGGUACUGUACCACAGACUCAAGAAACUAUGAUGGAGAAAACACAACAGUGAUAAGCAAGGAAGUUUGUCUCCCGGAGCAGGUUGAUCUCAAGUGGACAUGGGCCUCUGGUCCUAUUCUCACACUUUCUCCAGAAACACUUCAAGGCGGCCGUGUAUAUUUUUUCAGACUGGUGAUCCAGAAGACCAGCAGGUCAGCCUUUGCUGAUGCAACGGUGCACGUGCUUCAGGGAGAGCCGGUAGCAAGCGUUUCCUGCAUUGAAAAUUGUGACCAGGUUCUGGUUUUAUCGGAGAGGUUCUCGUUGUCUCUGGACUGCACAGGCUGUACGGCAGGCCGAGAUGUCUAUCGCUGGUCCAUUCUGACGUCUUCAGGUCAGGAGGUGCCAUUUGACUGGACGGGGCAAACUUCAACAGGACGGAAUGGUGCUUAUGUGUCUGUAAAAGCUUUCGCUUUCUGGCAUUUCAGGGAAGAUAAGUUUUGGAUUUCUCUCAAUGCAGCAACGUGGAGUGGAGUCACCUUGGUCUUAAGAUAUCCUUUCAUUAUUCACCAUGUCCCUAUAAGCACAGACUGCAAAAUUGUUCCAGAAAAAGGAAUUUCCUUCAUUACUCAGUUUGUUGUCAUUUGUACUCAUUUCAAGCAUAAGAACAUUGUUCUUACAUAUAAAAUAAUAGUUCCUGAUGUACAUGGUUUUGGUGAGAUCAGUUCUGUGAAAGAGAAUAACUUUGGAUCCAUCCUGUAUUUGGGAAAGAAUUCCACAUCGCCCCCUUCCUUUCUCCCUGUUGGUGUGUUGGACAGUCAUUAUGCCUUGAAAAUAAUUGCUCAGGCAUUUAAUACCUCUCUGGGAGCUUUUUCUCAGGUGAACUUUUACGCCACUGUGCGGCCUCCCACUGACGUAAACUCAUCAAUGACUGUGUUGGAGAAGUUAUCCAACUUCACCAUGGGACCAAAUUCAUCCCUGUCUACUUUGCUUCAACAGCAGGAUUUUCUAAAUGCAAGUUAUUUAAUAUACGUAGUAGCUUCUGUCUUGAAUAGUAUGAAAAGCAACUUAAGUCUGCAAGCUGACAAAAUUAAACUCCGAGAACACCUUUUCAAUCAGACACUUAUUCUUCCUAUAAACACUUUGGUGAAUAUUAGCCAGGUGGUCAUGGCUGUUACUAAAUUAACAGAGAAAACCUCUGAGAUCAGUGCAUUCUCUCAGAAACUGGCCACAGUGAGGACUUGGCAAGCAAGCCAAGCCCUCCAAGAUAGUCAUCAGAGAGAUAAGAGCAUUUCUUCUGAGCAAAUAGAAAGUGUGUGCACUGGAAUAUUAAUAACCUUGUCUAACAUCCUGAAACUGCUGGUUCAUUAUGAAGUCUUUGAAGAGCCUUUCCACGUGGUUGAAUCUCUAGCAGACACGGUACUGGCUGUGAAAGUGCCAGAGAAUGAGACCACUGCCUUGAGGACCUCCAACUUUAAAAUGUAUGUCAAGAAAACCGAAAAGUGGAAUGUCACCAAGUUCUUCAGCACCCAGAAGCACUGUCAGAAUUGUUUUUAUCCCAGCCUAAAUGUGAACAGCGUUCCUAGUCUGCCUGCCAGCGCUCCGAUUUCCACGAUGUUUUGUGAAUUUGCGGAUGACCCUUUCCCUUGGCUAAAUUAUGGGGAAAACAUUUUGACCCAGGUGGUUGGAUUCCGAAUGACAGGAGUGGAGGCCACGGGUGACGUGAUUGAGAUCCCACCUGAAGCAGUGGAAGUGUACCUCAUCAGGAAAAACCUGAGCUUUGGAACUGUUAAUCUCACGGUGGGACCCGGCUCAGAGCCUUAUGCAGUGGAUGAAUCAGCGACAAAGACGACAGGGGCGUUUAGCUUUGUUGUGGACAGUACCGCAGGCAGGGACGUGUUGAUCCACAUCAUGACAGAAGUGUCCGUCUUGUUCACGGUGUCUGUGUACGCGGGCCGUGAGAUCACACCCAACUCUUUUAUGACCAGCUACCUGGUGCCCCAUAAAAUCCCUCCAAUUGCCAACGAGAGUGACCUGUUUGACCCGGAGUGUACGGUGAAGGAGGCCCGAGUGGUCUGCCUCCCCGCGGCCCUGGUGCAGGUCAUAGCUCAGCGAACUGAUUCCUCUGAGUGCACCGUCGCUGUGGUUCUACAGGCACCUCGUUUUGUCCUAAAACCCAAUAACAAGUUGGUGAGAAUUUCUGUUUUCAGCAGUGAGUGCUUGGACAUGUUUGGGAUCCAGAGCGAUUGGAGAGAAGAUACCUGUGUUGUGGGAGAGAAGACCACUUGGCAAAGAGUGCACUGUAUCUGCAAGAACCCACGGCGGGCCAAACGGCAGCUGGAUAUAAUCAAACAGGCCAACCUUCACCUGCGUACCCACUAUUUGACGGCCAAGGUGAUCGUGGUCCCUAACCCUGUGGACUUACGAGUGGAGGCAGUCAAGAAUGUCACCCAAAACCCUGUGACCCUCUUCACGGUACUUCUCAUAUUGCUGUUGUACUUGGUCCUUGCGUUCUGGGCCUUGCACAGAGAUGAAACAGACCAGUAUCUUAGGGAACAUGUGAUAGUUCUCCUUGAUAACGAUCCUUAUGAUAAUGUGUGUUAUCUAGUCACUGUUUUUACAGGAAGCCGUUGUGCUUCUGGGACCAGGGCCAAUGUCUUUAUCCAACUGCAUGGAACCGAAGGUAGCAGCGAUGUGCACUGUUUAAGCCAUCCACAAUUUAGGACUCUCUACCGAGGAAGCAUCUGCACUUUCCUCCUAGCGACGAAAAAGGACUUGGGCGACAUCCAUUCCCUCCGUGUGUGGCACAACAAUGAGGGCAGGUCCCCUGAAUGGUAUUUAAGUAGAAUUAAAGUGGAGAAUCUGUUCAGCAGACACAUCUGGCUCUUCAUGUGCCGAGAAUGGCUUUCUAUUGAAUCGUCUUUGGACCGAACCUUUCAAGUAACCCCCCCAGAUAAGCCUCUCAAGAAAAUGGACUUUUUCCUCAUAGAUUUAAGUUACAAGCUGGGGAGAAGCCACUUGUGGUUCUCUGUAUUUUCUGGUGUCAUUUCUACACCGUUCAAUAGGCUCCAGAGGCUGUCCUGUUGCUUAGCAAUGUUGUUAUCCACGCUUCUGUGUAAUAUUAUGUUCUUUAGUCUAGAGAAGGAGAUCAAAGCAGAGCCACAAGAGCAGAGGUACAUCAGGUCGAUGGUGAUUGGACUGGAAAGUGCCUUUAUUACCCUCCCUGUGCAACUAGUGAUCAAAUCUUUGUUCAUGUAUUCCCAGAGGAGACCUCAGGUGACUCUAGGUGAGGUCACUCCUCGGAAACAUCCUUUGAAACCGCCAGGAAGCCAGCACUGGGAAGAACGAUUGGGAAACUGGCAUGCCUAUGAAAUUGACAAGGCAAGCUCCCAGAAGCCUGUGUCUAACAGACACCGUGCAAAACCCAAGGCUUCUGUCAAUGUCACCUCUAAAAGACAGCCCCCGGCCAAGCAAGAAGAAAGCCAGGGGUCUCCCAUCAAAAGCAAGCCUCCCCAGCCAGGUUCAACAGCCCUUAAAGAGAAGACCAGAAUGGUCCUGCCACAAUGGUGUGUUUCUGUCGCCUGGCUCUUGGUUUUUCUUACCUGUGGCAUAUCCUCCUUCUUCAUCAUAUUUUAUGGACUGACUUACGGCCUCGAAAAGUCAAGAGCAUGGCUGUUUGCAUCGUUUUGUGCAUUCACUCAGUCAGUCUUUCUCGUGCAGCCAUCUAAAAUCAUGCUCGUGUCAGGCUACAGAACACGGAAGGCCAAGUACUGUAAAAACAUUUCGUGGAUUGGCAACAGCCGCUUCUCCGAGAUCAAGCUGCACAACAUUCGGAAGGACCCAGAAGAAAUGGACAGACGCCACCGGUAUGUCAUGGAGCUCCGAAACUCGAGAACGUACCAGCCUCUCACCCAGGACGAAAUCACGAUAUUCCAAAGAAAGAAGAGGAUCAAGAGAAGAGCUUUCCUGUUCCUGAGUUACAUCCUCACUCACUUCAUCUUUCUGGCUCUCUUGCUGAGCCUAGUUGCCGUCCUACGCCCCACUGAUAGCUUUUACUAUAAUCAGUUUAUUCGGGACCAGUUCUCUGUGGAUCUGGCAGGCGUGACCAGGCUGGAAGACAUCUAUCAGUGGCUGAACAGGGUGCUGUUGCCUCUGCUCCACAAUGACCCGAACCCCACGUUUUUCCCUGACAGCUCCUCUAAAAUCCUUGGCCUGCCACUCAUGAGGCAGGUGAGGGCGCAACCUGGAGAGAUAAUGUGUCUGCCGGCCAAGAAAUUUGUGAAGGGCAGCCUCAAAGGAGAGAUUCGCUGUCACCCCGAAUAUGGCAUUGACCCAGAAGACACAAAAAACUACUCUGGGUCGUGGAAUAGAGUUAGUAAGCGGGACACUGACAAGACGACCAGAGGGUUUACUUACAGGCCUCCGGAGAAGAGGUGGGCGUACUCUUCCUAUGGGCUGCUGCACACCUAUGGCUCAGGAGGAUACGCCUUCUAUUUUUUUCCAGCAGAGCAGCAGUUUAAUUCCACACUGAGGCUCAGGGAACUCCAGAAAAGCCAUUGGCUGGAUGAAAAGACGUGGUCUGUGAUUGUGGAAUUGACCACCUUCAAUCCAGACAUCAGUCUCCUCUGCAGCAUCUCGGUCAUCUUCGAGGUCUUUCAGUUAGGUGUUGUGAACACUAGCCUGAAUGCGCACUCCUUCUUGCUCGCUGAUUUCAACAGAAAAAACUCAGCCGACUCAUCAGAAAACUACUUGUACUUGGCCAUCUUCAUUUUCUUCCUUGCCUACACUGUUGAUGAGGUUUAUGUAAUCACACAAGAAAGGACUGCCUACCUGCAAAGUGUAUAUAAUUUGCUCAACUUCGCUCUAAAAUGUAUCUUUACCUUGUGGAUCGUACUCUUUUUCAGGAAGCACUUCUUGGCCAUCGGUGUAGUUCGGGCUUACCUGUCAAAUCCUGAGGAUUUCAUUCCCUUUCAUGCAGUGGCUCAAGUGGAUCACACCAUGAGGGUGAUUUUGGGUUUCCUGGUAUUUCUGACGAUCCUGAAGACGCUCCGGUAUUCCAGGGUCUUUUACGAUGUGCGUCUGGCUCAGAGGGCCAUCCAGACUGCCCUUCCUGGCAUCUGCCACAUGGCAUUGGUGGUGUCCGUGUAUUUCUUUGUCUUCAUGGCAUUCGGGUACUUGGUGUUCGGGCAGCACGAGUGGAACUACAGUGACAUGAUCCACGCCACCCAGACAAUAUUUUCCUACUGUGUCUCAGCUUUUGAGAACACGGAAUUUUUCAAUAACCGGGUUCUCGGGGUCCUCUUCCUCUCAUCUUUCAUGCUGGUGAUGAUCUGCAUAUUGAUCAACUUAUUUCAGGCAGUGAUUUUGUCAGCCUAUGAGGAAAUGAAGCAGCCCGUGUACGAGGAGCCCUCAGAAGAGGCGGAAGCCAUGACUUAUCUGUGUCGCCGGCUAAGAUCUGCUUUUUGCUGCCUGUGCUUCAAGCCCAGGGUGGAAGACGAGCCCAAGUUCUUCAUCAACAUGGUGUACGGGCAGCCAGAGAAGAACAGCCACCGCUACCUGGGGCUGAAGACCAGAAACAUUAAUGGGAAGAAAAUGGUUUACCUCGUCGUGUGAUCCAUGGCAGUGUCAAGGCCCACAGGCAGGUUCCUCCAAAGGCUCGGUUUCUGGGGUCAAGGGGCGUUUCGUGGCUCAGUUGUGUUCCCCCCCCCGUAUUCUUCACAGUGCACCCCGCGUCUGGACGUGUCUGCAGCGGGGGCCUCCACGCUUGGGACUUGAAAGGCGGGUCAAGGGCAGCGUGGCCUCUGCGGAGAGAGGAGGGCGACCAUCUGUGAGUCCCGGGUUCAUUUCCCUUUUCCUUAGAAGCUGCUGUCUUUGGCAGCGACUGCAGUUUAGAGGGUUAGAGACCUAGAUUUGGGGGAGGGAGCUGAAAGGGCCCCCAACCUCAUCUCAGCUUGUCAGAAGCAGCAGGUGAACGCUGCUGCCCUGGUCCCCCUGUCCCCGAGGCUGGGAGGCCAGGGCUAGUGGUUGGGGGCAGAGCCCAGGUCCUUCGGCCCUGCUGGCCCUUCCCUUUGCUGAUGGGGCUGCAGAGCCUCCUUACUCCCACCACCCACCACACACACUCCAGCUGGGCAGGGCUGGAGGGGUCUCAUGAGGGGUCCCAGGAGUGCCCUUGUGCCUGGAAAUGGAGGGAUGUGGACCAGGGCGCAGCAAUCUGAAGCUUCCCAUCUGCUCUUAAGGCCAUUGCCAGUUAUGGAUGUAACAUAUUUUUGGCCACAAGACAUGACUUUUGUUAAACAAGAAGGAGUGUGUGUGUGCAUGCUGUUGAGUUCACACUGAAAGGUGGUAAAUGUUCUAUGCCAUGAGUGUAGCCAUCUCUCUCUCUCUCCAGGAUUUGGGCUUUUGUUUAUUGAUGGCCUGGUGGCUUGUUUAGAACACAUUGUUUAAGAAAAUUGGUUAACAGCUCCUGUGUUUUCAACUCAAAGCAUGUUCCUUCAUGAAAAUGUCAUGCUAAGCUUCAUCAGAAUUAAAAUAUGAUUCC